UUAUUUUUGAAGUCUUUGAUGGUCUGCAGUCCCAAAAGGAAACCAAGACCCGGAGGGACGGAGAGACGACGGGACGGAGAGAAAAAUGGCGAGGAAGCUCUAUGUUUCCGUUCCACUCUACCUUAUUGUCUUUUUCUUAUGCUUCGUUCCCUUCUCCGUAGCUUCUCCCAAGAUGAAGGCGCCUCCUUCUGCGGCAAGGAAGGAGGACAUUCCUUACCUCAAAUGUCAAGUUUGUGAGAAGAUCGCUCACCAGAUCCACAACCAGGUUAAGGGCAAAGAAUCCAAGAUUUCACCAAAAAAGAUUUCCGAAUACGAGGUGAUUGAGAUAGCGGAGAAUGUUUGUAAUCUGAAGAAAGCGGAAGCUGACUGGAUUCUCCAGAUUGACAUCACGGAGAAAGGGGAUAAAUUAGAGCUUGUGGAGCAGGGAGUGGAAGGACAAUGUAAUUCGGAGUGCAAAACAAUUGAGCGAGCAUGUCAAGAGAUCAUGGGAUACUCUGAUACGGAUGUUGCCGAGUUUGUAUUUAGUUCCAAGCCCUCACUUGAUUCACUGAUCAAUUUUCUUUGCAAUGAUCUGUCCAAAGCAUGUGUUGUUAAGGCACCCCCUGUUCCAAAGGGCCGGGUGCCGGGAGAACCGUUUGUUGUGAAGCCCACUAAAGAUGCUGAAAUGGAAAAGAUUUUAAAAUCCAUGGAGGGCAUGCCAGGAGCACCUAGCAUGAAGAUGUAUUCUAGAGACGAUCUAAUGAGCAAUAAUUUUGGUGAUGAAGAUAAUGCUGAUGAUGAUGAUGAUGAUAUUGAUGAAGACUUUGACAAAAAUUUAAAGAAAGUUCUCAACCAGAAAAGCACUCCAAAGCAUGAUUUCAAGAAGAAGAUACUUCAAGGAAUUAAAAAGAGUGGAAGUACAAUAAAGUGGCAUGUAAACAGUGUCUCAAAGAAAAUUAGGAACUGGUGGAAGAGGAUGAAAGCAGGUUCGAAAUCUUCAGAGUCUAGCAAAAAGGAGCUCUGAAUUGAAGCAGGUUAUUGUGAUGAACAAACUAUUUCGUUAAUGAGAUUUUUU